AUGUCCAUGGCCCAUGGCCUGUUUGACGCUGGCAAGAGAUCCACUGGAUCUUCGAUGCAGCAGUGGUGGGGGCAUGGCUGGUUGUUCUCUACGCUUCUGGGCUUAUGGGAGAUGGGCAAGUCCGUGGAAGUGCAGCGGCUGGCCACGAGAAGAGCACUGUCAAACAGAACAGAUGUCGGACGUUCCAGGAUGCCCCUCUUCAGCGUGGCGCGUGGUCAGAGCUUGGACAGACGGUUGCUGCUCACGCUCUGCAUCCUGCAGAUCAGUUUCACAAAAGGGGCAACUCCCAGCAUGAAGAGCCCGUGCCUGGCGGCCUUGCAAAAUCUGCUGCCCCGUCAGAGUUUGACUGGGGAUGUCGGCAUUUACGUUUAA